ACCCAAAUUAGCCCUUCCUUUAUCGAUCGCUCAAUCUCGGACACUCUGCCAAAGGCUAGUUGCUUAGAGCUAGAGGCUGAGGGUGGCUUCUGCGCAGCCAACCACUCCUCCCUCCCAUCACCUGAAGUCCAAUAUGGACUAAAUCACCAGCACCUAACGGGCAUAGCUAAUACUACUAUCUUUACAACAGACAUCGUGAAUAAAGCUAAAACUACAUGCUGCACGCAGGAGCCUAAUGUCACUGAUUUUGGACUCAGUCAUUGCGGCGUCCCGGUAAAUCAUCUCGUUAACAAGAUUGCGAAUUCGAGAAUCUUCAUUUCAAGUCGCCAGAAAACCUAUCUUCGAACAUGUUGCAGUCAUGAAAAUAGAGGAGGCCGGGUUAUUGAUGGAGUUGAUGUUUCCUUUGCUGGUAGGAGCAAUAGCUACGUGAAUUUGAGCGAGUGUGAUACUGGUUCUACAAAUAAUCCUCACUCUGAGUGCUUGCGAGUUCCUGUUUCUUUUCUUUCUACACAAUCACAUGUUCCAAUUCAUCUGACUUCACCGGAUUUGAAACCAGUAGCGCAUACUCCGGGGCAUGAAAUAGAAGAUAGGCCUGUGAAGGUUCAUUUUCAACAUUCUCAGGAAUACCUUCAUAAACCUUGUAACGACCCGCCAUCGGCACAUACAGCGAUACCUUAUACCGAUAACCAACCGUCACUGCUUUGCUUACCUCGGACGAGGGCCUCUUCUUUCUCUUCUCCAGAAGUACUCGAUGACCUGAAUGUGGGAACUGAACUAGUAUGUGAUAGGCUUGGACAAGCUUCUGUACAAAGACAGGCGAUACGCAGCUACGCAAAGUGA